ACAUACAUACAUACAUGCGUGCGUGCGUACGUACGUACGUACAUGUUGAAAUGGCACCUAGAUACAGAAGCAAAGGUUGCCUGCACCUGAGAUUCAAAGAUGGAUACAAUCUUGGCAUCGAAACGAUUAACAUCGUUUUCUCUGUCACCUUGGAAGCAAUCACAGAAAACAGGACUCUAUGGAAACAUGAAGUGUUAUAGAUAAACGAAGCUAGCAAGAGAAAAUUUAAGCCUUCUCAUUGAAAAUCUACUUCAAAAAUCCGUACAAGAAGCAUCGAUAUUUAAAUGGUAGUAUUGUGACUGAGACUGCUGGUCCAGGAUUAUAAUACUUCGCUGUUGUUUUAGAAGAUCCUACUCUACAGUGUUUCUUUAAUGGUUUGAAAAGAAAGAAAGAAAGAAAGAAAUAAAGAUAGAUAGAAAGAAACAAAGGGAAGAAAAGAUGCCACCCUCUUCACAUUACAGUCAUGGAAGACUUGUUUCUCGCUUAAUCAAAAGCGUGACUAAUACAACAAAAAUUACAUUGGACGCCAUUAAAUUUGACUAUUUUUGUUUAUAUAAUUCUGUAGGAAAUAAAUAAGAGUUCAGAGAAUACAACCAUAAUAAGAUAUAUGAGAUUGUGCAAGCUUUGUGUGAAGCAUUGCGCUAACUCACGAGCCAUGUCUCUACAAGGUUUUAAAGCUGUGAAUGAACCAAUUCUGUCUUAUCUGCCUGGAAGUGAUGAACGGAUCAGAUUAGAGGCAGCACUUGAGAAGCACAAAAACCAACAAGUUGACAUACCACUUGUUGUUGGAGAUGAAGAGAUUCGAACGAAAGACGUUCAUUAUCAAGUUGCACCAUUUGAUCACCAGAAGAAACUUGCUAAAUAUUACUAUGCCAAUAGUGAUAUUAUUAAGAAGGCAAUUGACGUCAGCCAGAAAGCCCGUCAUGAUUGGGCCCGUGUACCAUUUGAAGAAAAAGGUAAAAUCUUUCUAAAAGCUGCUGAUCUUAUUAGUAAUGAAUACCGAAUGGAUCUGAUGGCAUCGACCAUGCUGGGGCAGGGUAAAACCAUCAUACAGGCUGAAAUAGACAGUGCUGCUGAAUUAGCAGACUUUUACAGGUUUAAUGUACAGUUCGGUCUGGAAAUGUUCAAGUACCAACCAAUCAGUCCAAGCGAUGUUGAACUAAACAGAGUGCAAUAUCGUGGUACUGAGGGCUUUUGGGCUGCGAUAACCCCUUUCAACUUCACAGCCAUUGGAGCACAUUUACCUGUGGCACCCGCCAUUGUGGGCAACGUUUGCUUGUGGAAACCAUCAGACACUGCCAUGUUGUCUAACUGGAUAGCUUUCCAGAUCCUGCGAGAGGCUGGAGUACCACCAGGUGUUAUUAACUUUUUACCUGCUGAUGGCCCAGUGUUUGGAGACACAAUCACCUCAUCACCUUAUCUGUCUGGUAUCAACUUUACCGGAAGUGUGAAGACGUUCAAACAUCUAUGGAAGCAAGUUGCUGCCAAUUUAGACACCUAUCAAAGUUACCCUCGCCUAAUUGGAGAAUGUGGUGGCAAGAAUUUCCAUUUUGCACAUCCUUCUGGUGACCUUGAUGCUGUAGUCAAUGGAUCCUUGCGCUCUGCAUUUGAGUAUGGUGGUCAGAAGUGUUCUGCCUGUUCUAGAAUAUACCUGCCAGAAUCUAAAGCAGAUGAAAUUAAAGGAAGAAUGCUUGAAGAAAUCAAGAAGUUUAAAAUAGGUUCUCCUUUGGAUGCAAACAAUUUUUUCUCUGCUGUUAUUGACGACAAGGCAUUUGAACGAAUCAAGGGCUAUAUUGAUUAUGCUCAGUCUUCACCCAAAACAACAAUUAUUGCUGGCGGGAAGUACGAUGACAGCAAAGGUUAUUAUAUUGAACCAACUAUUGUGGAAGUUUCUGACCCUAAAGAUAGACUAAUGCAGGAGGAAAUAUUUGGUCCAGUUUUGUCCUUGUUUGUAUAUCCGGAUGCAGAAUAUAAAACAUAUGCCAAUCUAGUGAAUGACACAUCUCCCUUUGGACUUACUGGAGCAAUUUAUGCUCAAGACAGUGAAGCAUUAGACACAUUGAAUGACAUCUUCAGAGAUUCAGUUGGUAACUAUUACAUCAAUGAUAAAUCAACUGGGUCUGUUGUUGGUCAGCAACCAUUUGGUGGAAGUCGGUUGUCAGGUACAAAUGACAAAGCUGGUGGGCCAUACUAUCUCAUGAAAUUCGUUUCUAUACAAUCAAUCAAAGAAAGCAAAUCUCCACUUCAAACAUGGAAGUAUCCAUACAUGGGUUAAAACUUCAAUAUGGUGAUAAAUAUCUCAUAAAUUUCAGGCAGCUAUAAAACACGAAAAACUGGAAAAUGGAGAAAUACUCAAACCAAAUGUAUUUUAAUAGUUCUUGAUUUUUUUAUUUAUUUGUGUGUAUGUUUUAUGUGUGUGUGUUAAGUGGAAACAUUGUUGUGUAGAUCUGAUUUUAGUCCAAACUAUAUAUUUAUAGUUCAGGAAAUUAUUGUAAUUCUAAGGUUGAGAAGAAACUCACCCAUAAUUUAGUACAAAUUCCUUAUUCUAAAUUAAAUUUCCAAAUAAAAUAUUUGGAAGAAUUUU